CCCCGGGGUUUGGGUAGGUGUAUGGUAUGUAUAUGUGGGGUGGGGUGUUGGACUCCAGCCUGGCUCCCAUUCUUCCAGGCUGUGUUAUUGGAGAAGUGACAUAGGCACUUUAACCUCAUUUUUUAAAUCUGUAAAAUGGGUAUGAAUAUGAGUAGCUCUUCAUGAGACACUUAAGUGACGUCAUGGAUGUGAAAGGUCUUACUCAAACCCAUGAAUCACUCGAGGGAGGAGGUAGAUUGAGGAGGAUCCAGAUUCUACUGCUCUAAACAACCUCUACCCAUGAGGUUCUUCAGUGGCAAGAGCUCCAAAGACCUGGGUACAGCUCAGCAUAUUCAAGCUGACACUUCUUGAAGCUCCAAGUUCCUUAUCUAGAAGAUAAAGAGCCACUUCCCUUUGGGGGCUGCUGUGAACUCCGCUCAUGUAAACAUCACAACAAAGGGCGCCAUUGCUCGAACUGUGGUUGAAUGCUGUAUAUCUGCAAGGAAUGCUGCUGGAGGACUAGGCUUGAGCAGGCAGGAUGGCAUCUUGGCCACCCAAGAUGUUCUUGCUGUGCCAGAGGAAAGACUGUGCCUGGCCUGACUAUCAUUCCAUAACACACACUUUCAUUAUCUGGAGUUUUAUUUGGGUGUGAGCUUGGGAACUCUGUGAGUCAGCUCUGAGGAAGACAAGUCCAGAAGCUGGUGGGUGGGCUCCCUUGUUUGGACCAGGCAAAGGAGGCUGCCAGCCUGUGGUCUUCUCUGAGAACUCUGGAGCUGUGAGGGCCCUGUAUCUGGACAACAAGCGCCCUGCCCUGGCCAUGAGCUGGACUGCGGAGGGCCGUUUGCUAUACAAGGCGUGUUCCACGGCCCUGACCUCUGCUGCCGGGAACACGAUCAGUGCCCACAAACCAUUUCGCCCUUGCAGUAUAACUAUGGCAUCCGAAAUUUCCGCUUCCACACCAUCUCUCACUGCGACUGUGACGCCAGGUUUCAACAGUGCCUGAGGAGCCAGGGUGACUCCAUCUCCGACAUCAUGGGCGUGGCCUUCUUCAACGUGCUGGAGAUCCCCUGCUUUGUGCUGAAGGAGCAGGAGGCCUGUGUGGCUUGGAACUGGUGGGGCGGGUGCAGGGCAUAUGGCUCCACGCCCCUUGCUCACCUUCGGCCCAGGACUUACUAUAAUGCCUCCUGGAAGGCUGAGGCCACCUCAUAUACUCCCAGCCCCCAAAGCCCAGCACCCAGCAAACACCCACAGAAGAGGGGCCCACAGCAGACACAAGCCAGACGUCACAGCACAACUACCACUACACCUUUCCAGACCCCUGCCAUCUCCUCCAGACCUGAUAUGAUCCCCAGAGGCCAGCCAGGAGUUCCACAUCUGGGCUUCCAGGAUGGCCCAAAACAUCAAAGUGCCCACCGAGUCUGUCGAAGCCUUCGCCACCUGGACCAGUGUGAGCACCAGAUCAAGCCCCAGGAAACCAAGUUCCACCUGCUCAACAGUGCCCAGAUGCCCCUUUUCCACUGCGAUUGCACCCGCCGUCUGGCACGUUUCCUGAGGCUCCACAGCCCGCCUGCAGGCACCGACAAAGUUUGGGAUCUCCUGGGUACCACCUGCUUUAAGCUGGCCCCCCAACUUGACUGUGCUGAGGGCAAAGGCUGUUCCAGAGACCACAGGGCCAUUAAGGUGUCAGCUCGGCACUUGCAGAGGCUUCACAAGAGCCGACUCCAUUUCAGGGAUAAAGGCACAGGUGGGGCUCUGGCACAGCCUGUGGAGCCCCCAGGGAGCACCAUGUCAUUCUACAGCCAGUGUCUGCAAGUAACCCAGGCAAUCUGGAGACGCAGGGGACAGAAGAAAUUCUGGAGCUCAUAAUGACAGUAACAGCAGCUUGGGCACCAGCCUGGACCUCCUUCCUGGUGUUGCUAUAUUCUGAGAGACUUGGUUGGUCUCUUCUUUGAGGAACAACAUGGCUCUGAUGGACUGCAGGGGGGUUGAUGGAAGGAACCUCAAGGUCCAAAUAUUGGACCGCAUCUCCCGCUGUACUUGGUGACCUUGAACUGGUGACACAACCCCUCUGUGCCGGGAUGUGGUGUUCAGAGGCUAUUCUGAUGCCUUGGGCUUAGACCUUGCCAGGUAACUUCAUACACAGAUAGAAAAGGGGAGUGGCUGAUUCCAGGAAUCCAGGAGGUAUGGGAACCAGGUACUUGAGUGUCCCUGUUGCUAGACCUGCCUUUCUGAGCCCCAGCACUUUACAGUGAGGCCUAAAGCCGUAGGUGGGAAACCAAGGAUACAAGAGAAAUGCCUGUACCUGAAUCCAGGGUGAGGAGGGUGUUCCCACGUUCUUUACAGGAGACCCCUUCUUUAAAUAGUUUCUGGGUCCUUCCUGGCCUGAACUAAUCUUUCUGUUCUAAUUCUAAAUUGAAAUCUUUUCUGUGCCCAUGAGGAGUUAGGGCAAGGGACCUCCCUCCUCCACAUGGGCCUUAGUGCCCUCCUCUGAAAGAGAAGGUAGAGGUGGGGGUCAUUAUUGUUUGUCUGUCUGAGUCAGGGUUUCACUGUAGCCCAGGCUAGCUUCCGCUAUGUAUAGGAGGGUAACCUUGAACUUCUGGCCCACUUUCCUCUACCUCCAAAAUGCUGGAAUUGCAGGCGUAUGACAUCACACCAAGUUUUAGGUGAUACUGGGGAGAGAAACCAGGGUGUCAACCCUUCCAGCCUGGUUGGAGCAUGCUACCAACUAAAUCACACCCCCAGCUUGAAAAGGGGACCCGUAACCGUGAACUACCUCACAGGGGUGCUGAGGAGUAAAUGAAUUAAUCAACACACAUACCACCCAGUAAACAUUCUUCUUCUCUAACACACA